GCUCUGUUGUCUCAUAUAGCCCGAGAAAUCUAUCGAAGAUUACAAACCGGUACACUUGUUAAAAAUGGGAUCGUUUAUCACGAUGUGUUUAGUGGAAAAGAAGCCACAGAUUGUAUGGCUGUAAUUCUGAAUCACAAGAACAGAAACCUUGCUCUAUUGGUUGGUCGUGCCUUGGAUAGCCAGGGUUUUAUUAACGAAGUGAAUUAUGAACAUCGGUUGAGAGACUCACCAGGGGCACUAUAUCGAUUCCGAAGUCAUCAUGGAUUACCAGUUGAGAUGAUUGAUGAAGAACAGCGGAUAAAAACCAAAGACGAUGUCUUGAUGGAUACCAAACGAGUGAAUGGUAUCUUUACGGUCCUCACAGAAUGUUACUCUCCCACAUGCACCAGGGGC